GCAGCUUCCUGAACAGUCAGCAGCCAAAGACGUUGAUACGAUGCAGAAUGUAAAUGACGGACUCUUUGAGCUGGAAGGGACCCUUGAGGCUAUCCAGUCCAUCCCCCUGUUCAGUCCGGGGAUCCGAAUCGCAGCCUCCGCAGGAGACGAGGUUGGGGCCCUGGUCUUUGACAUCGGCUCCUUCUCCGUGCGGGCCGGCUAUGCGGGAGAAGACUGCCCAAAGGCGGACUUCCCCACGACGGUGGGCUUGCUCUCCCACGACGAGGCGGCCGUGGAACUGGAUGGGGACAAGGAGACCAAAUCCGGGAAGGUGUAUUACAUCGACACCAACUCCCUGCACGUGCCGCGGGAGAACACGGAGAUCAUCUCGCCCCUCAAGAACGGGAUGAUUGAAGACUGGGGCUGCUUUCAAGCCAUCCUGGAUCACACUUACAACAAGCACAUCAAAUCGGAGCCCAACCUCCACCCUGUCCUCAUGUCAGAGGCCCCAUGGAACACGCGGGCCAAGCGGGAGAAGCUGACGGAGCUGAUGUUCGAGCACUACAGCAUCCCUGCUUUCUUCCUGUGCAAGACGGCGGUUCUCACGGCUUUUGCCAAUGGGCGCAGCACCGGCCUCGUCCUUGACAGUGGGGCAACGCACACCACAGCCAUCCCGGUCCACGAUGGGUACAUCCUCCAGCAAGGGAUCGUGAAAUCGCCACUGGCCGGCGACUUCAUCUCCAUGCAGUGCCGUGAACUCUUCCAAGAGAUGAAUAUCGAAAUUGUUCCACCGUACAUGAUUGCGGCCAAGGAGGCAGUGCGUGAAGGAGCCCCCCCCAACUGGAAGAAGAAGGAGAAGCUGCCCCAAGUCAGCAAGUCCUGGCACAGCUACGUGUGCAACGAGGUUAUACAAGACUUCCAGGCCUCCGUCCUGCAAGUUUCAGAUUCUCCAUAUGACGAGCAGGUGGCCGCGCAGAUGCCUACAGUCCACUACGAAAUGCCCAACGGCUACAAUACGGACUACGGGGCGGAGCGGCUGCGAAUCCCGGAGGGGCUUUUUGAUCCCUCCAACGUGAAGGGCCUCUCUGGGAACACCAUGCUGGGCGUGGGCCACGUGGUCACCACGAGUAUUGGGAUGUGCGACAUCGACAUCCGCCCGGGCUUGUAUGGCAGCGUCAUCGUCACGGGGGGAAACACUCUGCUCCAGGGCUUCACGGAUCGGCUGAACCGGGAACUGUCUCAGAAGACCCCACCGAGCAUGCGCCUGAAGCUCAUCGCCAGCAACAGCACCAUGGAACGACGGUUCAGCCCUUGGAUCGGUGGCUCCAUCUUGGCUUCUCUAGGCACCUUUCAGCAAAUGUGGAUUUCCAAGCAGGAGUACGAAGAGGGGGGCAAGCAGUGCGUGGAGAGGAAGUGCCCCUGAGCCUGCCGUCCUGCCCCCACCUCUGCCCUGCACCGCCAUCUCUGGGGACGCUGCAGCCCUUCUUUGCCUCGGUGACGAAAUGCCCUCCCCACUGCAGUCCCUGGUCUGCCCUCCCUCUCCUCCCACCAGGCCCUGUUGUGUCCGAGAGCCCCCCCCAUGAAGAUUGGGAGAAUGCAGGGGACCCCAGGGAAGGGGCUUCCCCGCGCCCUUGUGCUUGGACCCUCCUUCCCCCCCUCGCUGCCACCUUCGCCUUCUGCCGCUUCACGUGUUGCCCGGGUGGCGCUCCUGACUCCCCGGAUGGCUUCGUGAAGUGGGGUUCGAGUUCCGAAAAUUGCUCCUGGUUGCGAUUAGUUUGGGAGGCCUGGCAAAAAUAAUAAAUGU